GCCCCGCCGCCUGCCGCGGGCACGUCCCUGUAGCCGCCUUGCCCGCCGCCCGGGCCGUCCGCCUGCCUGUAGCCAUGAGCGCACUCCGCCCGGGCCGAGCCCGCUACCCCCUGGACUAGUUCUGCCGCCGCCCGGACCCGCCCGCACCAUGGAGUCUACUGCUCCGAGCCCGCCCGCCGGCGUGCCCACGUCCAAAGGAAAGUCCAGGAGGAAAAAGGAUUUACGAAUCUCCUGCAUGUCCAAGCCGCCGGCGCCCAGCCCCACGCUCCCCCGGAACUUGGACUCCCGGGCUUUCAUCACCAUUGGAGACAGGAACUUUGAGGUGGAGGCGGAUGACCUGGUGACCAUUUCAGAGCUGGGCCGAGGUGCCUAUGGGGUGGUGGAGAAGGUGCGGCAUGCCCAGAGUGGCACCAUCAUGGCCGUGAAGCGCAUCCGAGCCACCGUGAACUCUCAGGAGCAGAAGCGCCUGCUCAUGGACCUGGAUGUCAACAUGCGCACAGUGGACUGUUUCUAUACCGUCACCUUCUACGGGGCCCUCUUUAGAGAGGGAGAUGUGUGGAUCUGCAUGGAGCUCAUGGACACGUCCCUGGACAAGUUCUAUCGGAAGGUGCUAGACAAGGGCAUGACGAUUCCAGAAGACAUUCUUGGGGAGAUCGCUGUGUCUAUCGUGAGGGCCCUGGAACAUCUGCACAGCAAGCUGUCCGUGAUCCACAGAGAUGUGAAGCCGUCCAACGUCCUUAUCAACAAGGAGGGCCACGUGAAGAUGUGUGACUUUGGGAUCAGUGGUUACUUGGUGGAUUCUGUGGCUAAGACAAUGGAUGCUGGCUGCAAACCCUACAUGGCCCCCGAGAGAAUCAACCCAGAGCUGAACCAGAAAGGCUACAAUGUCAAGUCUGAUGUCUGGAGCCUCGGCAUCACCAUGAUCGAGAUGGCCAUUCUGCGAUUUCCUUACGAGUCCUGGGGGACCCCCUUCCAGCAGCUGAAGCAGGUGGUAGAGGAGCCGUCCCCCCAGCUCCCAGCUGACCGUUUCUCCCCUGAGUUUGUGGACUUUACUGCACAGUGCCUGAGAAAGAACCCCGCGGAACGCAUGAGCUACCUGGAGCUGAUGGAGCACCCUUUCUUCACCUCGCACAAAACCAAGAAGACUGACAUCGCUGCCUUCGUGAAGGAGAUCCUGGGAGAGGACUCGUAGGGGCAGGGUUUGGACCUGCUCCAACCCUCUGUUGGGGCAGUGCUUGCCCACACCCAUAAGCUACUGCCGCCCUGGCCUUGGGCACCCAAGAGGAAUCCAGGGGGCUGCUCCUGCCUGACAGGCAAGGUCCCAAGUGCCAAAGAACCAGACCAUCGGGGACCCCCAGUGCCUCUGCCCCUGCUGCUCCAAGGACCCCAAGACUCUGGACUUGGAGGGCCCUGAUGCCCCUCACAGAGAAGGCAACCCUGCCUUGUGCAGGCCACUGCCUUGGCCCAGCCCUGGAUGCCACCCAAGUUGUAUAUUUUUUUAUCUCUGAAUGGACUGAAUGGACUUUGCACACUUGGCCUAGGCUGGCCACACCUCUGUCCCGGCAUUGGUUGGGGGACCCAGCAUGGGGAUGAGCCACGUGAAUUCCCUGGAGCUCCCACAAGGCAGGUGCCAGAGCCGCCGAGGCCUUCACCCCAGCACUGGCAGACGGGGCGCUAAGGGCACUGGGGUCACCUUGCCCUUGCCUGCCGCCUCUAGGGGUGUUGUUUCACCUUUAUUUUUUUAAUUUAUCUUCCUGAUUUUUUCUUUCGCUUUGUGGGUUUGGCUGGUUUUUCUUGCAUGGUUUGGAGCCGAUCACUUUUCUGUCACCUGCUAGGGGACCAGCAGGCUAAGACCUGCUCUGUCUGCUCAGGCUGGGGUCUUGGGAGAUGGGCCUAAGGUCUCCGCUCAGAGAGGUGCUAGGGGAACCAUCCAGCUCAUUCUCCUUGGGGACUGGCUCGACAGGGGCUGUGGAUUUGCUUUUGGUAUUGUUUAAAAAUAUAUAUAUAUAUUUUUUUUUUGAAGAAGGAACUGCCUGUCCAGGGUCCUGUCCCUGAUGGGUUGGGGCAGUUGGCUGAUUGCUGUUUUAAUUAAAAAAAAAAAAAGUGGGGCAAAA